UCAUGUCAAUCGGAUUUUGAAAAUGCGUCGAAUAUUCGUUGUUUUUGUGGUGCCCUUACUGUCAUUCCUGGUUACGGUGGAUGGGCUUGCUAUCAGCAAUGUACGCUUGGAAGAAGGUAGCGGCCGCUAUGAAGGACGAGUAGAGGUCAGCAUUGCCGGUAUAUGGGGCACAAUAUGCGACGACGGCUUUGAUAUGAAUGAUGCAAAGGUCAUCUGUAGAAUGUUGAAUAUGACAGCCACCGGGUUUUUGCAUAAAGCCCGACGUGGUAAAGGCUCUGGGCCCAUAUAUUUACGGAGCCUGGCGUGUAACGGCUACGAGACGAGUAUUUACCAAUGUUCGUACGGUACCGACGUCAGCGUUUGUUCACAUUCAGACGAUGUAUCCGUCAUUUGCUCAGACUGUGGAGCCAUCAAUGUGACAAACGGCCAGCCAGUUUCCAUUUCAUCAACUGGAACUUCGUUGACCAUUUCAUGCAAAGAUGGAUUCUCUGCGGAUAUGUACACUAGUGAAUGCAACCGAGGAACAUGGACAAACAGCCCAAUAUUUUGCCGCUCAUCUCUCAAGAUCCAGAGCAUGCGGCUUGCUAAUGGGAUUGGUCUUUACGACGGCAGAAUAGAAAUACAAGUGAACGGAUCAUGGGGAACAAUCUGUGGUGUUUCUGCUCUGUCUUCUUCAACAUAUUUGUUUUCAACGGUGGAGGCCGAAGUUAUCUGCUACAGUAUGUUUGGGAAAAGGGCAGUGACUUCAUACAGCUACUAUUCAUCAGACUACGGGCAAGGGAAUGGCACAGCCUAUAUUGACCAGCUGCGGUGUAAUGGAAAUGAAGACUCUAUUCUCGACUGCAAUUACGUUUUGAAUACAACAUGUUCCGAUUAUUAUUAUUAUGCAAGUGUUGCAUGCAAUCAAUGUGGGGAAGCGAAUCUGUCCCAUGGAAAGAUAACCAGCUAUCAUAAUAGAACACUGACGGUGGAAUGUGAUGAAGGAUAUGAUCCUUCAACCAUAUCUCUACAAUGCGUCAAUGCCGCGUGGAGUAGAAACGCCACAUGCAUUCCAACUGGCUAUCCGUUGGACAUUAAGGAUGUCCGCCUUACACCAGGUCCCUACCAUGGAAGGGUUGAGCUCAAAGUCAACAACACUUGGGGGACAGUAUGUGGAAACGGAUUUGAUUACUCCGAUGCCAAUGUGAUUUGCGGAAUGUUUGGACUCAGAGGUGCAGAUGUUUACAGCAACGCUCGAUACGGGCAAGGGUCAGGCCCUGUAUUUAUCGAUUAUUUAAAGUGUUCUUAUGAUACUCCUACCUUAAAUCAGUGUCCUUACCUUGCUUACAAUGAAUGCUCCCAUCAGCGUGAUGUCUCCAUUGCAUGCUAUGGGCCAACUCUGAAUAUAUCUGAGGUGCGUUUGGUGAAUGGUACCGGCCCAGAUGAUGGAAGAGCAGAAAUUCUUAUAAACGAACAAUGGGGGACAAUAUGUGAUGACAAUUUUGAUAUUAGUGACACAGAAGCGUUCUGUAGGAUGCUUGGAUUUCCUCUGGAUGUAGACGAUAUCCGUUUAGUGAACGGAAGUGCUCCAGGAAGUGGUAGGGUAGAGUUAAAGGCAAUGAACACCUGGGGCACGAUCUGUGGAGAUGGCUUCAACAUGGAUGCAGCAAAUGUCAUCUGCCAAAUGAUUGGCUACGCGUAA